AUGCUCAUGUGCCUGGCCAACAAGGGCUUCCCCUCAGACUGGACUCUGGUCUGGAAGGUGGACGGCAGCAGCAGCAGCAGCUGGGAGGAGAGCAGGAGCCCUGCGGUGCUGGAGAAGGACGGUAAAUACACCUGGAGCAGCACCCUGAGGCUCCCUGCAGACCGGUGGAACAAGGUGGUCUCUGUGACCUGUGAGGCCAUCCGGGGCUGCCAGACUCCGGUCUCUUAUACCCUGAGGAGAGACGAGUGUUCCCAGUAG